AUGGAGAGGUCUCUUGGACUUAUGUUGCUGCUAAUCGGAACUUUGGCCAUCAUUCAUAUUGUUGAAGCUCAGAGUCCGAGCCAACAAGGGUUCAUCAGUUUGGAUUGCGGGCUCCCCGCGAAUGAGCCGUCUCCUUACAGUGAAGCUACAACUGAAAUACAGUUCUCUACGGACGCAACAUACAUCAAGAGUGGAAAAAUUGAAGGAACACGCAACUGCUACAAUGUACCCGUGGAGAAGGGAAGAAACCAUCUGAUCAGGGGUUGGUUUUUCUAUGGAAACUAUGAUGGCCUUGACGUGAGACCCAAGUUUGAUCUGUAUCUUGGACCUAAUCCAUGGGCCACGAUAGAUUUGGAAAAACGAGUGAAUGGUACAACCAAAGAGAUCUUUCACAUCCCAACAUCAAACUCGCUGCAGAUUUGUCUUGUCAAGACUGGUGUAACUACACCUUUGAUCUCAGCCUUGGAGAUAAGGCCCUUGGGAAAUAAUUCUUACAUCACCAAGUCUGGUUCUCUCAGUCUUAUGUUUCGUUUAUAUCUUACCCAAUCAACGAGAUACAUCAGGUACAAGAAUGAUAUAUAUGAUCGGCAAUGGCUUGCGUACUUUCAGGAUGAGUGGACACAAGUAUCCACCACUAGCAUUGUGGCAAAUAACAACAGCUAUGAUCCACCAAAAGCCGCACUUGCAACUGCAGCCAUACCUACUAAUGCCAGUGAGCCAUUGACGCUUGAAUGGAGUAAUCCAGAAAAGCCUGAUGACCAGUAUUACAUGUAUAGACACUUUGCUGAGAUCCAAGACUUGCGGAGUACUGAUACCAGAGAAUUCAACAUGGUGUGGAAUGGAGAAGUCAUAUCAGCCGAGCCUAUAAUUCCUAACAAGUUAAGGGUAAGUACUAGCUUCAGCGUCUCUCCAAGGAAUUGCCCUGGUGGGGAAUGUAUGUUUCAGCUGAUAAGAACCAGCAGAUCAACACUUCCACCUCUACUUAACGCUUUUGAAAUCUUUACGGUUAUCCAAUUUCCGCAGUCUGAAACAAAUGAAACCGAAGUGGCUGCUAUGAGAAACAUUGAAAGCACAUAUGGAUUGAGUAGAAUCAAUUGGCAAGGCGAUCCAUGCUUCCCUCAACAGCUCAGAUGGGAUGCUUUAAACUGCAGCAACACUGAUAUCACCACACCACCAAGAAUCACUUCUUUAAACAUGUCUUCAAGUGGUUUAACUGGAAGCAUAGCAGCUGCCAUUCAAAAUCUUACGCUACUAGAAAAACUGGACUUGUCGAGUAAUAACUUGACCGGAGAGGUGCCGGAGUUUCUAGGCAACAUGCAAUCACUCUUUUUCAUAAACUUAAGCGGGAACGAUCUUAAUGGUACAAUUCCUCAAUCUCUACAGAGGAAAGGACUCGAGCUACUGUAA